AUGCAAGGUGUAGCGGGGAGGCCAUCCGGUGAUAAGGAGUCUGUCCUGUCUUCAACGCCCUCAGAAAAAGCGCCAAAGCCUAAGAAGGAACCCAUAUUCACUCCAACGGAGCCUUCAGAACCUGAAGGAUUGGGAAGAAUGCCGAAGUCUAAACCAGUUGUACAAAGGAAAGAAAAGGAAGAUGUCGCACCAUACUCACGGCCGUACUUCCCAUAUUGGACAGCCCAGAAAUUCUCGACGUCCAAGGUUGAAUCGAAUACUUCACCAUCGGGGCGAGUUCGUGGUGCGAAGAUAACGACAUCCGAGAAGAGCUUCUGGAUGCCUUCGGGAACAGGAUAUACCUCCAGUUCUCGCUACAGUGGUCCGAUGACGUUCGGCGCCAGCAUUCAGGAUGUAAAAAUUGUAUCGCAACCGGAGAAAGAAGUAGGCAGCAGUGCUGCCAAGGCUCCUCCGCCGCGUGAUGCCUACGAAUUGCGCCGUGAAUUAGAGCGCAUGCGUGCAAAUGAAAUCUCAAUAGGAAUGCAGGGCAUUAUUGAGGAUGUCAAGAAACGUCACAAAUCCGAGCAAGUACCACCAUUGCCACCAAUUACAAGGUUUGGUGUAGGAUCAAGUGAUUUCGAGCCAUUUGAUUUCACGGUUUUUUUUUCAGCGAAGUCGCCGACCGCACGACUACAGCGAGCAAAAGCGAGCGUUCGAAGCCUGCACCUCCUCAAACGAACACCAACGCCUUUUCGGCUCUCAAGGCUGCCGUUAAGAGAGAAGGUAUUUGAAAAUGAAAAGCAACGGCUGCUUACGUAA